CGCAGGAUCUAGACACGCUAGGCGCUUCGCGCGUAACCGCCGUGCACGCCGUAAACGCUCGCUCCGAGCCCUCUCGCAGCUUCCGCUGACCGGAGCGGUGCCGCUCGACCGCGAGAUCGCCUCGGCGCCCGGGUGCGCGACCCGACCGCUCUCUCCCUCUCUCUCUCUCGAUCGCGCGGCAAGUGCGCGGGCGCGCGCGCGAGAGCAAACCCUCGCUCUCUCUCCGCGAGGGACGGACCGCGGACGCGGCCACCGAGAGAGAUCGCGAGGGACCGAGAGGGACCCAGAGGAUCGCGCGCCGCCGUCGCCGUCGUUCCGCGUCGCGUCGCGUCGCGUAGCCUCCCGCCCGGAGCCCGGGAGGAUGCCCCACGCCGCAAGGCAGGCCGCGGAACUCCGGAACGCGCUCCAGUGAGACGCCGGUCCGACCGGGCCGCGAGCGAGUGGGCCCGCCGGUGGAUGUGACGGGGCGACCGCCGCAGUCAGUCCGAGCCGCCUUCGCCGUCGCAGCCGCCGCGGCCGUCGGCGCCUCUCCGAGCACGUGGUCCCGCGUGAUGCCGCGGCGGGACUGACGCCGCUCGCCAUGCCCGCCCGGACGAGCAGGCACGAGGACUCGCGCCGCGACGCGCGACUCUCCCGCUGACGGCCGGACCUUCUUCGAGUCCCUCCUUCCGGGGUCGCUGUCCGACCCGACCAGGCCCGACGAGGCUCAGUGGUGUUCUGUGUUUCUCCGGUUUCGGUGGUUCGCGCGUGCAUCGCGAGAAGAGGAGUCGACGACCGCCGCCCUUAGGACCCGCCAGGGCGGAGACCCCGGCUUCCUCCUCGAGGAGCGAGCCCAUUCUCCUCUCGAACGUCGUCGACAACAGCCGCUACGGUGGCUCAGCACGCGGAGUUCCCCGGCGCGGCCAGGGCGUUCAUGGCGCAGCCAAGGUACGACGAUGGCGGGCUGCACGGGGGUUACCUGGAGAGUGGAGGAGGCGGCGGCGGCGGAGCGGGCCUGUACGACCCCCACGGGAGCGCCAGGGGUGUCCCGGGGCUCCACCAUAGUCCGCACCUGGGGGGCAUGGGGCCGGCCCACCCCCAGUACCCCCCGCCCCCGCCCCAGCCGCCGCAGCACGUCCUGGCCGCCGCGGCGGCGGCCGCGGCCUCCGCCGUCCCCGACGUCCACAAGCGCGACAAGGACGCCAUUUAUGGACACCCCCUGUUCCCGCUCCUCGCGCUGAUCUUCGAGAAGUGCGAGCUGGCGACCUGCACACCCAGGGAGCCCGGAGUCGCGGGCGGCGACGUCUGCUCGUCGGAGAGCUUCAACGAGGACAUCGCCGUCUUCUCCAAACAGAUCCGACAGGAAAAGCCCUACUACAUCGCCGAUCCGGAGGUGGACUCGCUGAUGGUCCAGGCGAUCCAGGUCCUCCGGUUUCACCUCCUCGAGCUCGAAAAGGUGCACGAGCUCUGCGACAACUUCUGCCACCGGUACAUCAGCUGCCUGAAGGGCAAGAUGCCGAUCGACCUGGUGAUCGACGACCGGGAGAGCACGAAGCCGCCGGAGAUGGGGAACGGCCUCGAGGGCGGUCCCCGGAGCACGGCUGACAGCACCAGCCACACGGACGGAGCCAGCACGCCGGACGUCAGGCCACCCUCCUCGUCGCUUUCGUACCCCGGAGCUGGAGGCAACGAAGACGCGCGCAGCCCCGGAAGUGGAGGUACUCCUGGACCCCUGAGUCAGCAAGCGCCCACCAGCCUGGACUCGUCGGACCCUGAUGCCAUGGGGAAAUGGUGUCCACGCAGGGAGUGGAGUUCGCCGCCCGACGCGCAGAGAGCGGCGAGCGACGCAGCGCGUCGCGGCGUCCUUUACUCCUCCGUCUUCCUCGGCAGCCCCGGUGACGCGAGUAACGCGAGUAUCGGCAGCGGCGAGGGGACGGGCGAGGAAGACGACGACUCGUCGGGAAAGAAGAACCAGAAGAAGCGGGGCAUCUUCCCGAAGGUCGCGACCAACAUCCUCAGGGCGUGGCUCUUCCAACACCUCACGCAUCCGUACCCCUCGGAAGACCAGAAAAAACAGUUGGCCCAGGACACGGGGCUGACGAUCCUUCAAGUUAACAACUGGUUUAUCAACGCGAGGCGCAGAAUCGUCCAGCCGAUGAUCGACCAGAGCAACCGAGCCGUGUUCCCGCCGUUGUCCGCAGGUCCGAGCGGGGCGUACAGUCCGGAUGCGACGAUGGGCUACAUGAUGGACGGACAGGCGGCCAGCAUGAUGCACCGGCCGCCCGGUGACCCGACCUUCCACAACCAGUACCACUACCCCCCGGAGUACUACGGUCACCAUUUAUAAAGCCGAACGCUGACUAGGUGGAGGAACGCGGACGGCUCGCGGGAAACGGGAAACCGGGAAAACGAGGCCUGACCCAAGGCCAGGCUCGCGACCGGAAGUGGUGGCUGCUGCACCGGCGUUGGGACGCGCGACGUGCCGACGAUUCUUGCCGUGCGACGCGCACCGGCAGCCGAGGCGAGUCGAAGUCUUCGGGAAGCGGAAGAGAGGUAGAGGAAGAAAAACGGUAGGAGGACGGAAGCGACGAGGGAGACGUCGUACCGGCCCAGGGGAAAACGCAAUUACCGCGGAGAAGCGCCAUCGCCGAGAUGGAGUCCGGCCGCGUCGAGGAGGCGUCGCAGAAGAGCAAAAGGGACGACUGGGUGGACGAAGAAGAGGAAUCGAGAAAUACAGAGAGAGGAAGAAGGGGGAACGGUGACGUGGAAGCGUCUACACCGGACCGGGAAUAAAACAAGAGAGAAGGAGAGAAGGAAGGAAAGAAAGGUAGAAAUAAAUAAAGAAAGAGAGGUAACAGCGCGGCCGGAGGGCGAGACACGGAGGGUCGCGAAGAAAUUCAUGUGAUUGUUCUUUGUACAAAAUAUCGCGGUGUAAUAUUGUAGUGAUUGAAAAUAUAAAUGUUAAAUUUUAAUACGAUCGCUGAACGCAAGAGAGAGAGACUAUAAUGAAUAUAGUAAUAUAGGCAAUUUAGAGCGGGCAUGUACAUUACCGGUGCUCGCACGGAUGGGUGUGUACGCGCGCACGGAGCCACGUGGAAAGAGAAAAAGCGAGAGGAAGAAAGAUAGAGAGAGAAAGAGACGGAAAAAAAAAUUAAGAACGAAAAACGGGACGGAAAGAGUUAUGAUCACCCAAGGGAAGGAGGAGUCGCGGGGGAGGAUCGACGCGAGGACGAAAUUUCGGCGACGGAACCGGAAGCGGAAAGCGCGAGACGCGCGCGGCCCGAAGUACGCGGAGCGUCGACGUUCUCGAUAGGACAUUCAAUUUGUACAGUUCUUAAUUAU